AUAUCAGUCACAUUGAGAUAAGCUCUGAAGAAGAAACUACGAGAGCUAGAGCUAUUAAUAUGUGUGGAAGGUGCAGCACUGGUCAAAAAAUGUUAGCAUCAAUUAUAAUUAGAUUGGUAUUGGCAGAAACUUUUUGUAUAAAUUAUGGUAUUUUCGUUCUUGAUGAACUUACUACAAAUCUUAAUGAAGGGAAUUUUGAAAAUUUGGUAGCUGGCGUCGAGGGCAGUCAAAUGUUCAGUUGA